CUAACCUUUGUUGUGGGGAGUGCGAUUAGCAUUUCUACAGCUCCUAGAAAAAAAACCAUGCCUGAGCCCUCCAAAUCUGCUCCUGCCCCGAAGAAGGGCUCCAAGAAAGCCAUCACUAAGGCGCAGAAGAAGGAUGGCAAGAAGCGCAAGCGCAGCCGCAAGGAGAGCUAUUCCAUCUACGUGUACAAGGUACUGAAGCAGGUGCACCCCGACACCGGCAUCUCGUCCAAGGCCAUGGGCAUCAUGAACUCGUUCGUGAACGACAUCUUCGAGCGCAUCGCGGGCGAGGCGUCGCGCCUGGCGCAUUACAACAAGCGCUCGACCAUCACGUCCCGGGAGAUCCAGACGGCCGUGCGCCUGCUGCUGCCCGGGGAGCUGGCCAAGCACGCCGUGUCCGAGGGCACCAAGGCCGUCACCAAGUACACCAGCUCCAAGUGAGUGUUUGGAGGCACGAUCCAACCCAAAGGCUCUUUUCAGAGCCACCCA